CCACUCCCAAGACCUGCAUCGACAGAAUUUGAGAGCCCGGCGUGGUACAAUAUCCAGGAAAAUCCUCACCUGUUCCGUGUGCAAACUCCUAUUAACGCGGACCGCCUGGAAGCCCUAUCGAAAGCUCACUCGGACCAACCCUUCCUGAAAUCGGUAGUUGUUGGGUUGAAGGAGGGCUUCUGGCCUUGGGCAUCGACGCGUCCUCGCGACGACUUCUCAAUAAAUUGGAAAAACUUGUGGGCGCCUCUACCAUCUGAGGAAGAACAGGACUUUGUCAACACCCAAAGAGAGCUUGAAGCACAAUUGAGAAGGCACUCACAACUUUUUGGACCUGAUUUGCUCCCUGGGAUGCACUCAACACCAGUCAUUGCUGUUCCCGGACCACACUCAGAGGCACUAUGUUUCGUAGCUCACCAAUUCACCGGAGAGUUCUGCCAGGACAACAUGGUCGACAAAGGUCAGAUAAAAGGGAAUAAAUUAGACUCACUA